CUCUAAGCACAUACGUUACUUACUCUCUUGUUUAAACGGAUCCGUUACACCAUCCGUGAUUCAAACCCCCAUCUAAAACCUAACCCCUCGCUCCGUCACCCGUCCCUCUAACGUCGUCUUCCUAACAUCAUCUGCUUCACCCCCAAAUCGAAAUCUUAACCCUAACCCUAAUUUCCAAUGGCCAACGACGAUUUCCCACUCAUCGGCGAGCCACCUCCUCACCCUCCAACGCGGCACCCGUAUUCGACCUCCGUCACAACCACCGGUGAUUACUACUACUCCGAUCACGACAAAUCCGCGGCCACACCGUCCUCAAAACGCAACCAGCAAAACCACUACUACUACAACAACAAGAGAUUGAAAUCAAACAGCAUCACGAAGAUAGAAUCUUGUGAUUACAGGAAGGAUAGAGAGGAAUGGAGUGAUUCGGCGAUAUCGUGUUUGUUAGAGGCGUAUACGGAGAAGUAUAAUCAGUUGAAUAGAGGGAAUUUGAGAGGGAGGGAUUGGGAGGAAGUAGCGGAAGUGGUGAGUGAGAGAGGAGGGAGUAAUAAGAAGAGUGUGGAGCAGUGUAAGAAUAAGAUUGAUAAUCUGAAGAAGAGGUAUAAAGUGGAGUUACAGAGGAUUAGUGGGAGUGGGAGCAGUUGGCAUUGGUUUAAGCAUAUAGAGGCUAUUAUGGGGAAUGCAUGUAAUGGGAAGAGUGGUGGUAGUGGAGAGAGUGAUGGCGGCGGUGGUGGAGGGAGUGGUGGGAAUGUUAAUGCGGUGGUUAAGCAAGUUAAAAGGUAUACAUCUGGCAGUGCUGCAUUUGCUAAUAGUCUCAAAACUAAACCAGUGCCAAAUUCAAAAUGGCGGAGAGUGGUGUUUAAAAUCAGUGGUUCUGCACUGGCUGGGAAUUGCCAGAAUAUUGAUCCCAAGGUAGCUAUGCAGAUUGCUCGGGAAGUAGCAACAGCUAGCCGUGGUGGACUGGAGAUUGCUAUUGUUCUUGGAGGUCGUAAUUUCUUUUGUGGAGACUCGUGGAUAUCUGCUACUGGUUUAGAGAGGCCUACUGCGUAUCAAAUCAGCAUGAUGGCAACAGUUAUGAAUUCAAUAUUGCUUCAAUCAGCUUUGGAGAAGCAUGGUGUUCAGGCUCGUGUGCAAAGUCCAUUCGCAAUGCCAGAGUUAGCUGAACCUUAUAGCAGGCAACGGGCCAUCCGGCAUCUUGAGAAAGGAAGAGUUGUCAUAUUUGGUGGAGCUGGUGCUGGAAAUCCACUAUUCACUACUGACACCGCGGCAGCUCUGAGAGCUUCAGAGAUUAAUGCAGAUGCGCUCCUUAAAGGUACCAAUGUUGAUGGUGUCUAUGAUCAUCAUGCUGGUAACAGCAAUGCAAUACUGGAUCACAUAUCAUUCAGAGAGGUUGUUUCCAGGGGUGUUACCUUAGUGGACAUGAUGGCAAUGACUUGCUGUGAAGAGAAUGGAAUUCCUGUGGUCAUCUUUAAUUUGCUCGAGCCUGGGAAUAUCUCAAGAGCAUUUUGUGGAGACCAAGUUGGCACCUUGAUUGAUCAAGCAGGAAGGAUUGGUUAAAUGCAUAUGGAUUCUUGCUUACGCCUCGAAGACUGCUGCUUGUUAAAUGAUGCAUCAAAACCAUUUAGCUAUGAUCUAAUUAUGGGCACCAGCCCACAAGCGAGACUGGCAUUGGCGAAACCCAUUUGGCAUUAAUUCCGAGCUGCUGCCUGCAAUAAAUUAGGCGGGCAGGAGGAUUUUGCUAUACACACUCUUUCCAGGGUUUGGUUACUCGGGCAGGUGCUGGAUGAACGUGGAAUGCACGUGGCUGCUUCACAGUGACAAAUAAUUUUCUUCCCAGUGUUGUAUCCUGCGUAAAUUUUUCUGUUUUUCAUGACGAUAAACAUAAAGCAGCAGGGGAGAUGGCAUCACAUUAUGUAUAUAACGAUUAUUCAUUUAUAGUCAUUGUUAGAAG